CAAAACGUUCGCGCGGUUUCAGUACAAACAGCUCCACCGGCCGGUGUGACUGUGCAUUUUCGCGCACAAUACCUACCUAGACUUGUUUAUAUUUUCUGUGGCCAUGAAGGCAAAUAAAACCAAAUACGAUGUCAACCCGGACCUAGCUAAAGAGAGGCUAAAAUGCAAUUUUAACAUCGAGGAAGUUACGUUCAUAAUAGAUGGAGGAAAGGAAAAAACUUUGCAGAGGAAAAAAAUUGAGGACAUCGCCCUCAACAAUGGGGACUCACUGGACGAAGUCCCCGAAGAGUGCCUCAGCAUCAAGGAGAGAUACGAGAAUGCCGUGAGGAAGUCCUGCAUCUACUCCAACAAGGUCCGGCGCGAGAUGCUGGAAAUUACGGGAAUCGAAAAUUAUGCGUCUCCAGUCCUUCGGCGCACCGCAGAUGCAUUCUUCAAGGACAUCUCGCCGUUCAUGCUGCACCUGGGCAUGUUCGUGCCAGCGCUCAUGGGGCAGAGCACGCCGGACCAGUUGGCAGAAUGGUUGCCCAAAGCCCUGGACAUGCAGAUCAUCGGAGCCUAUGCACAGACAGAACUCGGGCAUGGAACAUUCAUUAGGGGUCUGGAGACUACAGCAACGUAUGACCCCGAAAAGGAAGAGUUUGUGCUUCACAGUCCCACACUGACUUCCUACAAGUGGUGGGCAGGAGGGCUUGGUACAACAGCAAAUCAUUGCGUAGUGAUGGCACAACUAUACACCAAAGGCGAAUGCCACGGAACCCAUUUAUUCAUCGUCCAAAUUCGGGAUCUGGAUACGCACAUGCCCCUCAAUGGUAUAAAAGUUGGCGAAAUAGGACCUAGAAUGGGGUUUAGCAGUGCGGACAAUGGCUUCCUAGGCUUUAAUCAGUUUAGGAUACCAAGAGAGAAUAUGCUGAUGAAACAUGCCAAAGUUGAAAAGGAUGGCACCUACGUUAAAUCAGCUAGGCAUGGGAAACUGACAUAUGGGACAAUGGUAUUCGUGAGAGUAACCCUCGUGAGCGAAAUGUCUUUCAACAUCUCAAAGGCUGCGACUAUAGCAGUUCGGUACUCUGCUGUAAGGAGACAAUCUGAACUUAGACCCAAUGAGCCAGAGCCUCAAAUCUUGGACUACCCGACACAGCAGCACAAGCUAUUCAUAUGCAUAGCGACAGCACACGCGUUCCAGCUUACCGCCAGCUGGCUUUGGAACACCUACGAAGUUGUUAUGGCUGACAUGAAAAAAGGAAACGUUGAUGCAUUGCCUGAGCUUCACGCAUUAUCAAGUUGUCUAAAAGCUGUGAGCACAUCAGAUGCACUGUCACAUAUAGAGCAGUGUAGAUUCGCGUGCGGUGGUCACGGGUACAUGCUGUCUUCGAACCUGCCCUUCCUCUACUCCUUCGUCGCAGCCACCAGGACCUAUGAAGGCGAUUAUACUGUACUACUUCUGCAGACUGCGAGGUUUUUAGUAAAAGCCUGGGAGCAAGCGGAAGCUGGCAAAGGUGUAACCCAAACGGUGUCUUACUUGAAUCAGUCCGCAAAUAGCAAAAGAGUGAAUUGGGACAACACUCACGAGGGCAUCAUUAAAUCCUUUCAGGCAAUUGCUGCAGGUAAAAUAGCUCAAUGUGUGAAAAGUAUACGAGAUCGAAUAAAAUCAGGAAUGGACUAUGAAGAUGCGUGGCUCAUGACGACUGUUCAGCUAGUUGGUGCGGCUGAGGCACAUUGUAGAGUAAUAAUACUGUCGACAUUUAGCAGUGAAAUCAGAGGAAUGACGAAAACAACAUCACCAGAACUAAAACAAGUAUUAAAUCAAGUUGUGGAACUGUAUUCAGUGUACUGGGCAUUGGAGACACUCAGCGAUUUACUACAGUACACGACAAUAAAUCAAGAAGAUGUGGAUAGUUUGCGAGUGUGGUAUGAAGAGUUACUCGCACAGCUGCGGCCGAACGCUGUGGGUUUGGUUGAUGCGUUUGAUCUCAAAGAUGAGAUGCUACAAUCGACACUGGGUUCCUAUGACGGACGUGCCUACGAGAGGCUGAUGGAAGAAGCUCUCAAGAGCCCACUCAACGCUGAACCGGUCAACCACACUUUCCACAAGUAUCUGAAACCCUUCCUGCGGGGGAAACUGUGAUAUUAGAUUAACAUUACUUUAAGUAAUUAAAAUAAAUUAAAUGUAAAGCUAUGGUAGGUAUAAGGU